CACGUCGAACCGAAAGCAUCGCGGCACCGAAAGCCGGAGUGAAUAAGCCGCGAAUCGAAAGCGUAUCGAAAGUGAAUAGGAAGCGUACAAAAGGCGAAUUUUAGGCGGACAUCAAGUAUACGCCGUGUGGAAUUGAAAAAACGGAGAGGAAGAAAAAAAAGAGUUUACUCGUUAGUGGAACUUUGUUUGCCUUUUGGCCAGUUUACGAGCGGCUCAGCAUAAAUUGCUGCUCUUUUGGGGCCCAGCAAUGAGGCAAUGAGACGAGCCACACCAUCAGCAGAAGAAGCAGCCGAAGCAACACAGACCGAGGAGGAGGAGGACAGGGAGGAGACGGAGUCAUGCCAUCUGGUGCCUGCUUCUGGAGUCUUGAGCUUUGGCCUCUUCUGUGCCACAUAGAGCGCUAGAGAUAGAGCUGUAGAGAUAGAGAGAGAGAGAGAGAGAGAGAGAGAGAGCCAGAGACAGCUAGAAAUGUUGCGCGAUAUCUUUCUGUAUCUAGUCCUAAUCGUUUUAUUUUGCUUCAUUUUCAUGGCGCAGUUAAUCGUCAACGUUUACGCAUUCCAGCGCCAGCCGACGCCCGCCCAGAAGUCGGACAAGAAUGAGAUUAUAUUUGUCUAAGAACGAGAACGAGGAGGGGGCGGGGGUCAAAAGUCAAGCGACCACCAUGGUUUCUAUUUAAUAAGCAAAAGGCAAGUCGACGGUUGAGAGAAAGUUUCACUUAAAGAUGAGCAGGAGGAGGGGGUGCAGCAGGAGGAGGCCCUGCCUCGGGAGUCGCUCAGGGGGCUUGGAUAGACCCUUGAAGAACUGUUAAACUAGGUUGCUCGCUAAUUAGUAACGGUAGUCAGGGGACACACACACACAGACGCACAGACACACAGAUACUCUCACAGAGACACACAGACACACAGACACAAUGAAAGUUGCUAACAAUAAACCGCAGCGACAAUUUCCACUCCAAUCUCUCGUCUCGCGAUGAAAGCGGGGGAAAUUACUAAAGGAAAACUGCAGCCAACAUUCAGCCAAAGGAAGCGCCCAAUGAAGCCGCAUUAAAUUUUCAUCAUUUUCCGCAUAUUUCCAGCUCUUUUUACCCCUUUUCCCCUCCCCCUUUUGUUUGUCUUUCAUUAACAUUUUUGUUUUUUUUUUAGCAUUUUUCCAGAGUAUUUAAUUUUAAUUCGCAUUCUGCUGCCGGAAAACGAUGAUAUAUGGCGGAUGGCGGAGGCGUCAAUCAGUUCGAGGCGACACCAGCCAUCAGCCAUCAGCCAUCGGCCAGGCCUCUAGUGGGUCCUGCCUCCCCCGGCCCACCCCUGUCUUGGGCGGAGGCCUUAACUUUUCAUUGCCUACUUUUGAGGGCCAAUCCUUGGAGGGCUCUGAGGUUUUGGGCCUGGUUAUCGGUUGCUCCUGCGGCAAUGAGCCCGAACAAUCGCCAAGUGCCAAGAGGGCGGGGGGAGUGGGUGCCACUGGGGCGUGGCAGAUGGCUUUUUAUUGAUUUCCAGCCCGCACUUGCAGCCUUUUCUUGGCUUGUGCUUCGCCAGGUUUUUGCUUAUUUUUCCUAUUUUCCUUUUCAUAUUUUUGUUAUAUU